UUUAACUUAGAUUGAGGUUAGAAAAGACUGCAAUUUGUUUCUCCAACGUUCGAAAAUGUUAAACGGAUCCCACAAUUAAACUUUUCUCAUUCAGCCAGUAGUAGACUUUGGUAACAGAACAUUUGAUUUUUGAACUUUUAUCUCUGUGUUUCGUUGCGGCCCACUUUUCAAUGUUUCCGGUGAUUCUUUUGGGCCAGACAGUGGGUGUAUUUGGCCAGCUUUUGAAAGUUCCCACCGAGGUUUAAGCUUCUUUUCCGUUUAAGUGAAAUGUUUUCUCAAUGGCUUUUUAUGACAAUAAGCAUUGGUUAUUGUCUCAAGUUCGAAAUUCCUUUAUGUUAUUUGAUGAUACAGGAAUGUGUGAAGUUGUGAUGGCUGGUGAGAAUUUGGCAAAGAAUUUGGAUUGUUCGAAGUAUGACUGCUAUCCUGGUGUGGAAGAGAGCGAAGAUGAAAAGGAUAUGGACCAUUCAUCGGACAUUCACCCAGAUUUGGAAUUUGGUAUCUACCGUUCGAAUACAGCUGCUCGCCUCAAGCGCAUGGAGGAAGAGCAAAAAAGAAAUGCAAACACAAUGCACAUCAAGUGGGAGCCUCAUGCUGCAGCUCUCUCAGAGGAGGAUAAAGAUGAGCUUUUCGUUGCCAAAGAUUUUCGUCGUAAAAAAGACAAGAGGGAGUUCCAGUCUUUACUUACCGAACAAUUGAAAAAAUAUGCAUACUUGCCGCAGAACCCCUUUCAAGACUAUGCUAAAUUUGAUGGCAAUGGUCAAAUAGGGGUUCCAACAAAAAAAUUUGGUAUAUUUAUUGCAAUGUUGAGCCCUGAAUUGCGAAAUUAUCCCAUGCAUGUGGUUGUCUUGACGACGGCUAAAAUAUCUCAACUCACUGGUUUAAUAUGUUGGAAAUGCAGCAUAGACUUUCCAGAUGUCACCCUAAAGGAAUCGGCUGACAACUAUGGGCUUUUUAUCGCAGAUGAUGAUGGAGAAGUCAACUGGGAUUUCCCGUGUCUUGAUCCCAAAGAAGCUGUUGCAAAAUUUGGUUUUAGAUUCUUAGCUUUAGUCGAAGUAGAGCCAAGAGAACAGAACUCACCUACGCCUCCCGUGGAGGAACCACCAAUUCCAGAGGAACAAUCUCAACCCCAGUCCAAAGCCCAACGCCAAUUGGAAGUAGACAUGAUGAGAAUGCAAGGUCAUAUGAAAGCACUCCUAUUCCAGUCAUUCAAAGUCCACAUCAUCAACAGAGUGCGCUCAAGAACAGAAGUUUUUCUAGGUGUUUCCGGAGAGAAAGUUGAGAUCUAUCCUGUUGCUAGUCAAAGAGGACCAUUCUGGUGGUCCAAAAGCAGAUCUGCCACUUACUCUAUCGACUCAGUUGUUGCCUGUGAUCUAAGGGAGAAUAAAUCAAAUAACAAAGCUGUAUUUAGAUUAGUGUAUGAUAACUCAGGAGCAAAUAGUUCGGAUGUUUCAAGCUCACUUCAUCAUCAGCCAGUAACGUGGAGCUGUUUUAAGCAUCAUGAUUUUGAGGCCGAGUAUAAGGUUUCCGAAGAAAUAGUUCAGAAAAUCAAUUUGAUUCUAGAUUCAAGAAAUAGUCAAAGGAGAGCAGAAUAUUUAGCAAUCAGAGAAAGGAAGUCACAUCGGAGGAAAAGUUUUAAUUUUGGACCAAGAUGAUUCACCCUUUUUUAUCAUCUAUUGAAAGACUAAUAACGUGAAGGCUAGUGGAAUAUGAUGUAAUUUAAGUUAAAAUGAGUCAAAUUCUUGGCGUCUUUGUUCCUAUUUUGUUAGACGUUUUGAGGUCAGGAGUGAUGCAGAGCAGUCGUGCAGCAGGACAACAUUCUUAACCGUUUUAAGCAGAGGUUUCAAUUUUUUUAAAUCAAGUUUUAUGUUUUGAUCUUUGAGAAAGGCUUCGUAUUUUACAACAUUUGAAUCUUGUUAACUGCAAGAUUUAUCCCUCUAAUCUCAAUCUAACCCACUACUUUUCCUUGUGUCUGUUUUCAAAUCUAAAUUUCAGAAUAUUAUUCCAGAAAAUCCACCCGGUUGCCUUUUUUGAUUUCUUCAUUUUACAAAUUGGGACAUUUCUAACACUUAUUCUAAAAAAUCAAUGAUUUUUUUUCUUCUUCGCUGGAAUUGGAUUAAGUACUGUAGGUUAAAAAUAAGAGCUUACAAAAUGAUUCUAUGAAACUCAUUUGUGUAAGUAAGUUGAUUGGAUUUUAAUCAUAGUUGAGUCAAAAUUGUUUGUAUGAGUCCUGCCUCCCUCUUUUUUCUUCUUUUUCAGUUUAGCUUUUCCUCUUAUCAGUGGAGAAACUAUCAAAACUCCUUUUCUCCAGUAAGUUAUUUUCCUAGCUGAUGACGUUUAGCCCAAUUUUUAAUAUUUUUAUGACCUAGGUAAAAACCCAAGCAGAAUUUUUUUCACGGAUUGAAGUUAGAACAAUGAGUGUUAGCACCUAAGAACAUAGUUACUUGUUUGAGGUCAAGGUGUCCUGUUAUUUUUAUGAGUGAUCACAACAAUAGCUUGGAUCUUAUGUUAAGGCUGGGUUUCUUGUAUUAAUUUUUACACGCAUAUUUUCCCCUUCAUUUUUCUUCUUUUUAAUUUAUUUUAUAGUCCUUUUUUUAUACACUAAGUGAUGACUCCGUUACUGCCAUCUGUUUUCAUACUAAUUCCUUGGUGUUUUUACAUAUUCUGUAACUCAACUGUUUCUAUCAAAGUAACUUCAGGACUCGGUUUACAGUUCAUUGUUGAGGCCGUACCUCAUCCUCAGUGUAGUUCAGCCUGUCCAUUUCCAGUGUUCGUCGUUCUUUUGAUCACUUUUUAUUCAGUUAAAGCUGUUUUCAUUUUAUCUUGUAACCUAAAAAGCUUUUAUUUUUAUAACUCUACUCUAUUUUAAAUGCAGUAAUAAAAUUUGUUUUAUCAAUUGUUUAAAAA